UUCUCAAGAAGCCUCUCUGUGGGACAGACUUGCAGUCCCCCACUACCCCUGGUGGGAUUCCCAGAAGAGUGUGAAAUGGGUCCUUUGUGCUGGGACCACCAUCUCAUUCUUGAAAACAAGCCCCAAGCAGCAGAAGAUAAAAGGGAGGGGAAAAGACUUUAGGGCGGGCCUAGUGGUGACAUCAGGGAAGGGAACCUUUUCUAAGUUCCAGCUUUGUCACAGCAAGACCAAGAGGCAUUGGAAAGUGAGGAACACUAUCCUUGGAGCAGGAGGUUAGUGACUCAUUUAUGGCCCUGGGGCUGGGUGCAUGAGGGGGCUUACCAGAGAAUCCACUGGGGAGAGACUGGGAAAAGUGAUAAGGCCCCACAAGUUGAGGGACUCAAGUGUAGCCUGGAGACCUGAGCAUCUUCUCCAGAUCCUAUGAGGGUUUCAGAAGACACUUGGAACUAAGGACAUACAAAAAGGGCUGGUGGGCAGCAGAGGGGAACUUAUGUCCAUCAGCUGUGACCACCCUGGCCAUGAAGUAGGGAGGGGUCUGGCUUCAGAGUGAGUCCAGAAGGCAGGGCCAUUUCUGUGGCACUUCAUAGGCAGAUGGAGCAGUGGUCCAUAGCACUGACACCUUAGUUUAAAUCUUCUGGAUGGGUGCAUAUAUACACUCUAGAGCAGUGGUCCUCAAUUUUCCUAAUGCUGUGGCCCUUUAAAAAGUUCCGCAUGUUGUGGUGACCCUCAAUCAUGAAAUUAUUUUUGUUGCUACCUCAUAACUAUGGUUUUACUACUAUUAUGAAUCAUAAUGUAAAAAUCUGUGUUUUCCAAUAAUCUUUGGUAAUCCCUAUGAAAGGGUCAUUAGAUGUCCCUUCCCCUACCCCAACACACACAAAGGGGUCACAACUCCCAGGUUAACUACUGUUCUAGGGUGUAUCAGCCUGUAGCCUUCCUACUGGCCUUGGCUCUGCUCACAGAGCUGGCUUCUCUGCAGAGGUAACCUUGAGUAUACAGGAAAUGCAGGUGCUUUGUUCAGGGCUGGGGUGGGGAUCCUGGGUUCCUCGGGCUCACGAAUUCCAGGCUGGGUCAUGCUUGUGUUCCCACCUCCAAAGUGCUACCCUGAGGUGGUGGACUCUACCCUAUUGGCCUCUCUUUCAAGCAUUAUCUCCCAACUUCAGAGAGGACUCAAGGGUUCCCCAAUACUUUUCAUCCCUACUGUGCCUACUUCUGCUAUAAUCAGAAUUUGGCCUCACAUGUCCCUUCUGCUUGAGAGCAAGCCACCGAAUGUGAUGACCUUGAUGGUAUGAAUCUAUCCAAACCAAUCUCAGACACCAUGUGGGGCUGCUGGGGCCUCACGGUUUUGUUACUCUGGUGAUCCCCACUGUGUCUAUCGAUUGUGGGUGUGAAUACCAGAAGGGGCAUGGGCAGUGCUCCCCCAUUCAGGGAGAAUUGGCUCCCUGCAGAGGGUACUUGAGCACACUAGGAGAUUUUGUAGCUGAGGGUCCUUUGUUCAGUGGGAUGCCUUAGUAUGGCUUCAGUCUUCAUCAACAUCUCCAUAAUGACAAGUUGUAGGCCUCUGGGCUUCACUUAUGUCUGUAGGGACAUCCUGCUGGUCCAUGGGAAUGGAUGCAGAACAAGCUUUCUUGUCAGGGAGGCGGGUAAGACAGUUCCUUAAGUGGUGAAGGGCUUUGACCUCUCCUCCCACAGGCUGUGCAGUAUGAGCCUCCAAGGCUCCUACCAACACUUCUGCCUCUGGAUGUUCUUGGGCACCACGUUGGCACUGGGGCAGGGACAAGUAAGUAGCCGCCUGAGGCUGGCAGUACUGCCUGAGGACCAGCUGCAGAUGAAGUGGAGGGAAGCAGAGGGAAGUGGCCUUGGCUUCUUGGUGCAGGUGACACCUAUGGCAGGGGACUUGGAGCAGGAGCUGAUACUGACCACCAAGACCCCCAAGGCCACUGUGGGUGGCCUGAACCCUUCCAAGAGCUACACCUUGCAGAUCUUUGAGCUCACUGACUCGGGGCCUAUCCUGCUGGCACGAAGGGAGUUUGUGAUUGAGGAUCUGAAGAGCCAAUCUUUGGGCAGAGGCAGCCGGAGGCUGGCUGGAGCCACCCUGGAGCCUACCUCCUUGCCUCUGAGGGGCCCAGACUCUGAGAAAACAUCUGAGCCCAGCAUUGCCUUUACCUUAAGCAGGGACCUGCCCAUUCUUGGAGUGGCCAGUAAGGAUCAGAGGAAACUCAAGCAGGGCCUUGGUGUACAAAACUCUGCUCAGACAACCACAGACCUGGAGAGGCAGAGCCACACUGCAGCCUCAGUGGGAAAGCAAGGGAAGCUGGAUCACCCCCAGUUCCAAUGUACACCCCCAACACCUGCUGAUAUAAUCUUCCUGGUGGACGGGUCCUGGAGCAUCGGCCACAACCACUUCCAGCAGGUGAAAGACUUCCUGGCCAGCAUCAUCACACAAUUUGCAAUAGGACCAGAUAAAGUCCAAGUAGGUCUGACACAGUACAGUGGAGACCCCCAGACCGAGUGGGACCUGAACUCCUUCCAAACCAAGGAGCAAGUGCUAGCAGCUGUACACCACCUCCGCUACAAGGGAGGAAACACAUUCACAGGCCUUGCUCUAACCCAUGUGCUGGAGCAGAACCUGAAGCCAGCAGCCGGUGUCCGUCCAGAGGCAGCCAAAGUGUUGAUUCUGGUGACAGAUGGCAAGUCCCAGGAUGAUGUGCGCACAGCUGCCAGGAUCCUUAAGGAUCAGGACAUUGAUGUCUUUGUUGUGGGUGUGAAGAAUGUCGAUGAGGCUGAGCUGAAGCUCCUGGCGUCCCAGCCACUGGACAUCACUGUCCACAACGUGCUGGACUUCCCUCAGCUGGACACCCUAGCUCCUCUGCUCAGCCGACUCAUUUGCCAAAAAAUUCAGGGCAGAGGCCCAGUCAAACCAGCAGCAGGUACUCGGGUCCUGGACCCCCUCCCCACGCCCACCAGACUGAUCCUGACCCACGCCACCUCAUCCAGUAUCCACCUGUCUUGGACUCCAGCCUUAUACCCACCCCUCAAGUAUCUAAUUGUAUGGCAGCCUUCUAGGGGUGGUGCCCCCAAGGAGGUGGUGGUGGAGGGGCCUGUCUCAUCCAUGGAGCUUGGAAACCUGACCUCCAGCACAGAAUACUUGGUCUCUGUGCUUCCUGUCUAUGAGAGUGGGGUUGGCAAGAGCCUGCAAGGCCGGGCAACCACAGCACCCCUGCCUCCACCUGGGCCACUGACCCUAGCUGCAGUGACACCCAGAACUCUCCACGUCACCUGGCCGCCCUCUGCUGGGGUCACUCAGUACUUGGUGCAGUACUUGCUGGCUACCUCCACUGGGGAGGAGCAAAAGAGAGAGGUACAUGUGGGACAGCCUGAGGUACUGCUGGAUGGUCUGGAGCCUGGCCAGGACUAUGAUGUCUCAGUGCAGAGCCUUCGGGGACCAGAGGCCAGCGAGGUCCAGAGCAUCCGUGCCAGGACCUCUGCCCUGGGGCCCCCAAGACACCUGACUUUCUCAGAUGUUCGCUACAACUCAACCUGUGUGUCCUGGGAAGCCCAGAGGCCUGUGCGCCUGGUCAAGGUCAGCUACAUCUCUAGUGAUGGCAGCCACUCUGGGCAGACUCAGGUUCCUGGGAACCUUACUUCAGCUACUCUGGGCCCACUUUCUUCCUCUACCAUGUACACCGUCAGAGUCACCUGUUUUUACCUUGGGGGUGGUUCCUCCGUGCUGACUGGCCAUGUAACCACACAGAAAGCUCCUAGCCCUGGCCAGCUGUCUGUGAUGGAGCUCCCGGGAGAUGCAGUAAAGCUGUCAUGGCUGGCCACUGCCUUGUCUGGUGUACUUGUUUAUCAGAUCAAGUGGAUGCCCUUGGGAGAAGGGAAGGCCCGUGAGAUCUCUGUCCCAGGGACCCUUGGCACAGCCACCUUGCCUGGCCUGAUGAAACAUGUGGAAUAUGAGAUCACCAUCCUUGCCUACUACAGGGACGGCACUCGCAGCGACCCCGUGUCCCUCCGCUACACCCCCUCUGCAGCAAGCAGAAGCCCCCCAUCCAGCCUGGCCUUGUCCUCGGAGACCCCCAACAGCCUGCAGGUCAACUGGACACCACCAAGUGGCCAUGUCCUCCAUUACCGGCUCAACUACACACUGGCCUCAGGCUCUGGACCAGAGAAAUCGAUCUCUGUACCAGGCACCAGGAGCCAUGCCGUGCUUCGUGAUCUGAUGUCUGCCACGAAGUACAGGGUCCUGGUCUCAGCUGUCUACAGAGCAGGGGAGAGCAUGGCAGUGUCUGCCACAUACCGCACAGCAGCCUGCCCAGCCCUGCACCCGGACAGUUCCCUCUCAGGGUUUGACCUGAUGGUGGCCUUUGGCCUCGUGGCAAAGGAGUAUGCCUCUAUUCGAGGAGUUGCCAUGGAGCCCUCAGCCUUGGGUGUGGUCCCAACCUUCACUCUCUUCAAGGAUGCUCAACUGAUGCGUCGGGUCAGUGACAUCUACCCAGCAACCCUGCCACCAGAACACACCAUUGUCUUCCUUGUGCGUCUACUCCCUGAGACACCCCGGGAAGCCUUUGCACUGUGGCAGAUGAUGGCUGAAGAUUUCCAGCCCAUCCUCGGGGUUCUGCUGGAUGCUGGCAGAAAGUCUCUGACUUACUUCAACCAUGAUUCCCGGGCAGCCUUGCAGGAGGUCACCUUUGACCUGCAGGAUGCAAAGAAGAUCUUCUUUGGAAGCUUCCACAAGGUACAUAUAGCUGUAGGCCACUCUAAGGUCAGACUCUAUGUGGACUGUCGGAAGGUGGCCGAGCGUCCCAUUGGGGAUGCUGGCAGCCCACCCACAGGUGGUUUCAUCACACUAGGGAGGCUAGCCAAGGCCAGAGGGCCACGGAGCAGCUCAGCCACAUUCCAGCUCCAGAUGUUGCAAAUCGUGUGCAGUGAUACCUGGGCAGACAAGGACAGGUGUUGUGAGAUUCCUGCACUGAGGGAUGGAGAGACGUGCCCGGCCUUCCCUUCAGCCUGUGCCUACUCAUCUGAGACCCCUGGGCCACCAGGGCCCCAAGGCCCUCCGGGUCUCCCUGGAAGGAACGGCCCUCCAGGACAGCAGGGGCACCCAGGGCCCAAGGGGGAGCCGGGCCCACCUGGACAAACAGGACCUGAAGGCCCUGGAGGUCAGCAGGGGUCACCAGGGACCCAGGGCCGCGCAGUCCAGGGACCCAUGGGGCCACCAGGAGCCAAAGGAGAGAAGGGGGAUCAGGGACUUUCAGGCUUGCAGGGCCUCUCUGGCCAGCAAGGCAUCCCUGGGAAAACUGGCCUACAGGGACCAAAGGGCAUGAGAGGACUGGAGGGACCUGCUGGCCUGCCAGGACCACCUGGCCCCAGGGGGUUCCAGGGCUUGGCAGGGGCCAGGGGCACCAAUGGGGAGCGAGGAGCCCCAGGAGCUGUGGGUCCCACAGGUCUACCAGGGUCCAAAGGUGAACGAGGAGAGAAGGGAGAGCCACAGUCCCUUGCCACCAUCUUCCAGCUGGUGAGCCAGGCCUGCGAGUCAGCCAUACGGACACAUGUGCUGAAGCUGAAUUCCUUCCUCCAUGAGAAUGCCCGUCCCCCAAUGCCCUUCAUGGCAGAGACAGCUAAGCUAGGCAGACCCAGAUCUAUAGAUCCUGGAUUACACAACGAGGCUCUACUUCCUGGAGACUGGGGACAUAUCCUCCGCCCUGAGGACCAAGGUGAGCCUGUGACUAUCAGCCACACAAGCAACCCUAGACUGCAGGAGGUGCAGACCCCAGAAUCCCUGGAGUGAGCAGGAUCUUCCCUCCGCCACUUCAAAUUGCCCUGGCCUUCCCCAGCACCAUCAUCCAUAAUUUUGUCUCAGCACUAAGAACAACUGUGUGCUGGAGGGGCAGAGAAGGAAACCCAGAGGAAGACCCCGAGGUGGCAGGAGCUGGAAGGGAGGAGGGCGGUGCUCCUCCUUCAAGCCCCUUCUUUGUAGCACUUCUAGGUUCAGAUAAACUUCUGCUUGCUUGUCAGCCUA